UGUUCGGAUAUUUUCCGCUUCCGGACGUUCAUAAUUAUACUUUUUUCUGACAACCUUAAAUUGAACCAACUAUACAGUAAUGUCUGUUCGUGCGAAGAAUUUUACAUGUAACUUGCAUUGUUAACAUGGCAUCAGCAUUGCUGAAAGGAUACAGAUUUGUUGCAAAACAGCCAAGUAAAAGAUACUAUAUAUGUGGCUGUCAGCAGAUCUAUGCCUUGGGAAGCAUCAGCGAUGAAGAUGGACGUAGAAGCUCUUCCAAAUAUAGCAACAUAUAUCCUAGCAACAGAUACAAAGCUGCAUGUUCUUCAGCACAGACUACAUGGACCAUUUCCAACCACCAUUAUAUAUCCCAGUUUAGACAUUCCUCGGCAUUUUUUACAGACUUAAACCUUUACCAGGACUGUUUGAUUAAGCGUUCAUUUCAUUCGACGGUCUACCUAGCUAAAGAAGGAACAGUUGUAGAAAAAGCAUUAAAAAAUUUGAAAGACAAGAAUGCAAAGGAAAAAGUUAAACCUAAAGUACCUGUACCAGUUCCACAGAAUAGAUUUAGAGUCUAUGCUUUGAAAAUUUAUACAAAAUGGCAGAAAUUUAUAACAUUCGUAAGAGAACAUGGGUUUCGUGGAGUUCUGAAACAUAUGUGGGAAGAAAUGAAAUUCUAUAAAGAUGGACUUAAAUUGUUCUGGAAAGAUUUGCGUAUUUGUAUACCACUUAGUUAUAAAUAUUUAACCAAAGGAAGGUCAUCAUUAACUAGAAGAGAAUAUAGAUUGUUAAAACAGACAUUGGUAGACUUAUUACUGAUGUUCCCCAUAUUGCCAACCUUGAUCAUACCUUUUAUGGAGGUACUGAUUCCUGUCUUCUUGUGGAUCGGGAUGAUCCCUCAAGUUUUUGUAUCAAAGGAAGCUAGGGAUACAAAAAUGCGUGCCAAGCUACAGAGAAAAAUUGAAUCAGCUAAACUGUUGGUAGACAGCCUUCAUAAUAUGCCUUUGAAGGCUAAGAGUAAAAAGGAUGACACAGCAUCUAGUGUGCAAGAAUUUACAGAAUUUAUGCACAAGGUGAAAAGCAGUGAAGUGAUACCACCUAUAUCAGAGAUACUGAAGUUUUCUCGACUGUUUGAGAACAGUUUGACUCUAGAUGAUCUCAGCAUCAGGCAGUUACAGGGACUGUGUAAGCUCCUUGGUAUCGGUUUCCUUAGUGACAUACCUAAUGUCAGGGUACUCCGAUUUCAGAUUGAUACUCGAAUGAGAGAACUUACAGUGGAUGAUAAGUUUAUAUUACGUGAUGGUAUUGAUAGUCUGACAACAGAGGAGCUUCAGAGUGCUAACAGAGCUCGUGGUAUGAGAGCACUUGGUAUAUCUGAAGACAGGCUAAAACUACAGCUGGAACAUUGGCUUCAACUUCAUCUUAAGGAACAAGUACCUACUAGUCUUCUACUGCUAUCAAGAGUUAUGUACCUUGAUGAAAACCUGACUCCUGCAGAACAACUCAAACAGACCAUUUCAUCUCUUCCCGAGACUACUGUUGACAAAGCUAAAGUUACGUCAGCAGAGUCAAGUGGUGAGAAGGUGGAUAAGGCAACAAAGAUUAAAGUUCUUGAAGAGGAGACUAAGGCCAUCCAAAUGGAGAAGGAAGAAGCGGCUGAGGAAGAGAGAUUGGCAAAAGAGAAAUUGGAAAAACAACAUGAGGAAGAACGUCAAGCACGUCAUGCUGCAGAGGAAGAAGAAAAACGAAAACUGGCAGAACUUACAUUACAGAAGAUGGAAAAUCAACAAAUCAUUGACAAGCUUGCUGUUCAACUUAAGGAGGAGAGAGAGAAAAGUAUAGAUACUGCAAUGAAGGCUGAAAGGGAACUGGAACCUGAGCCAGAGGUAGAAGCUCCUGUAACAAUGGAACCAGCCGUAAAGGAACAGGAUAUUACAGAAGAUGGUAAACCAGAGCUAGAUAUGGCUGAACCAAUCAUUGAACAGCCGUCUGAAGAACCUGUAGAUAAAGCAGAGAAGAUAGAAGAAGAUCAAGAUAUUACAGCCCAGGACCUUGGAGAUAUUGAAAAGGCUAUUGAGGACCAAGCUCAACAUUAUAAAGAUGAAAUAGCAGAAGUGGCAGAGGAAUUAGAUGAGUACAAAGAGGAUGUUGAGGAUAUAAAGGCAUUAUGUUUGAAGACUGAUUAUGAAAAGGAAAUAGAAGAAACCUUUAAUGCUAAAUUAUUGCUGAAACGUAUGAACAAGGUACUGAAACAGUUUGACACGACGAUAUCCAAACUUCAAGACGAGAAGAUGCAAAUUCAGGAGACUAUCGAUAAGCAAGAAGUUUCGCUAAAAUAUGAUUUAGAUGGUAAACGGGAAGAAAUUCUCGACGAAAUAUCUGCCAAAAAGAAGAACUUGGUGAGUGUCAAUGAUGUCUUGUUGUCCUUGAAGAGAUUUCAGAAGGUACCUGAUGAUGUCCGAAUGCAGAAAGUUCUUGAGGUCCUUGAUACAGACAAGGACGGUCUCAUUGAUAUCAACGUAGUACUCAAGGUGACAGAGGCGCUUGGUAGAGAAAACCUGAAAUUAAAUAAGUCGCAGGUUGCGGCUAUGAUUGAUUUAGUUGCUAAGGAAGAAGAAAUUGAAUUGGAAGAAAAGAAGAAAGAAAAAGAAGAGAAAGAGAAAGAAAAUAUGAAAAACCAGAAAGAAAACUCUGAGGAACAAAGUGGUCAGCAAUCCAGCGGAAGUUGACAUUGAAUAUGAUUAGGAAGUUUUUAAUAAUUGUCAGAAUUGCAAUAUUUUACAUGAAAGUUAGUGAUAAGCAGAUUAUUGUGAUAUAUUACGUUCGUUUUGGCAGAGACAUACAGGUUAUAGAAUGGCAGUGCAUGUAGGUGGUAGUUACCCAUAGUGAAAAACAAGAGAAAAUCUUUUCAGAGAUGCACCAGGAAAGUUUGAAUGUCCAGUAGUUUAAUAUUCUACACAUUAGUGUUAUGCCUGAGAUUUUCUAGCGAUCAAAUAUACAUGGACA